ACUUUUCACUGCAAGAGAGGUUUCUGGCAGAGUUUUCUUCUCAUCUACCACAAUGAGGGACUUCGAGGCUUUUGGAAAGGAAAUCUCGCCUCUUGUGUGCGGUUGUUCCCCUACACCGCAGUUCAUCUCACAACAUACAAAAAGUAAGUGAAGUUGAUUGUAAAGUUGACGCCGUUUUUGUCACGUAUUGUGUCGACUUAAAACCCCCUCUUGUUGUUGUCAUCUGGCUUUUGCCCUGUGUUUAUGCUAGCUAAAUUAGCUUGUUAGCCAACUUGGUCAGCUGACGCUGAGUUAGCGAGUUUGAGUUGUUGAGAACAGUGUAAAAGAUAAGCUGACAUAUAUUAACAUCAUUAGUUGAAAUCAUGAUCAUAACGUCAGUUGUUUCUUACGAUACAUGAUAAAGGGGUUCAUUUAAACAGUUUGUUGACAUCAGUUAAAGAUGUACUUCCUUUUUAAUCUCACGAGGCGCACCUUCUAUUUUCAGCCAAUCAGAAAGCUGUAUUUGCUCAUUCGAUGUUCGUAAACCGGGUUUCUUUGGUCACGAGUCCUGUCUUACAGGUGGUUUGUGUUCGGAGAAUCUGCAACAUCUACCGUCAGCCUAAGCGGAAGCGUUGCCUGCGAGACUGUACUCCGGACACAAUAAACCUAAAUGUGUGGAUAGUCCACCUCCACAUGGAUGAAGUGGGCUUCAUCUCUCAGUGGAGGGCCAUAUUGGCUGGUGGACUGGCCGGCGUUGCAGCCGCCCUGCUCACGUACCCUCUGGAGGUGGCAGAAACCAGGCUUAUCGCUCAGAACUGCAGACAGCCCACGUACAUUGGUGUAGUUCACAGUCUCUCAAAGAUCUACAAGCAUGAAGGACUGCGUGCUCUCUACAGGGGCUUUUCCCUCACUUUGUUGGGUGCUUUCCCCUUUUCUAUCGGAUGCUAUGCGGUCCACAUGAACUUGGACAGGCUCUGGCAGGAGCCUCCUUUUCGCUUCACUCCCCUCCAGAACUUCAUUAAUGGCUGUCUGGCAGCAGGGGUGGCCCAAACCCUCUCCUACCCCUUUGAAACUGUAAAGCGGAAGAUGCAGGCGCAGAGUGCCCGUCUUCCCCAUUUUGGUGGAGUGGACGUCCAUUUUAGUGGAAUGAUUGACUGUUUCAUACAGGUUGUUAGACACAAGGGCGUCCUCUCGCUGUGGAACGGCCUCACUGCCAGCACAAUAAAGAUUAUUCCCUACUUUGGCCUUCUUUUCACCUGCUUCGAGAUGUGCAAGCAGGUUUGCCUUUACCGCAACGGGUACAUCGUCUCACCCCUGAGCUACAAGCUCGCACCGGGGGUUGACCAGAGCCUCGGGCCGUAUGAGCUGGAAGAGGUGAAGCGCUACUUAAAAAACAGAAACUUUGGGUCAGGACAGUCGUCUUUUGGAAACCGUUGGUGAAAGGUCAUAUGGGAAGAUUGGAAAAAUAUUGACUUCUGACCACCAAAGUGAGUUAUUUCCUGGACUGAAGUACUUCAGAGGCCUGUGUCUGAAAUAAUGACAUAGCAUUGUGUUUCAUUUCAGAUAUAAAGUUAUAUCUACAUUAUGUCCUGUCAGCAAAGGCCUACCUCUUACAGAAUAUUGUUAUUUUACAGUAUUGUUUCAUGAAUUGUUCACUGACACAUCAUGUGACUGUUUUUAACCAAAUAUUAUGUGCCUUGAGCUUUAGUUAUUUAUUUUGAGUCUAACUUCAGUUAUUGUGUUGUUGACAUCAAAUAGUGCCAUAGUUUAUUCUCAUAGGUUGCACAUUUUCUUACUAUGCUUACAUGAUAGAUUGUAUUUUUAAUGAACAAUAGAUGUAAAAUUCUAAUGUUUCAUAAGUUUGAAUAGGUUAUGAACAUUAAAAUUUGACUGGCAUGUG